AUGGCGACCCAGGAGGAGCUGCCCAGUGACCUGUCACUGCACGGAAAAUUUGCGCAGCUCAUGGCUCAGCAAGCGCCUGUCACCAUCACGGUCGCUGCCACGCAAGAUGGGAACUGGCCCUUUCGCCUCGGCGGCGGCGCGCCGUUUUGCCCCUGUAUCUAUAUCACUGCUGUUCAGCAAGACCCCGAUGCUGACCGCGGCGACAUGAUGCUGGAGGCUGGCGAUGAAGUUAUCAUGGUGAACGACCAAAUUCUAAUUGGCAAAAGCUUGGCCGAGGUUCAUGAUAUUCUGCACACCCAGCCGGAAGCCACCCGGCUUACCGUACGCAAGCUGCCAGACGAGACCCCAUCUGGAGUCGAAUUCUUCCUUCGCCGCACAACUGAGGCGUUCAACGCGAAAAUGGAGCAGUUUGGAGCCACUCGUAAGACCUACGAGGCCCUGGAAGGUCAUGUGAGCCUGUACCUGCGCCGCCUCGAGGCCCUGGCACAUGUCCAGCAGGAGUAUGGUCAGCUCUUGGAAAACGCCAGUACUACCGAAACCAAUCGUGCUUUGCAUUCCAGAAUGACUGGUGUUGCCAAGUCCCACAAAUCCUACUAUUUUUCAGUUGCCGAGAUCUUGCCCAAGGCCAAGUUUGUGCGAGAGCAGCUCCAUACAUAUUUGACCAUUGCCAUUCCUGAUGCCAAGCAAACCCAGGACCGCUACAUGCAGGCACGCAAUCAGUAUUUGGCGCUUUGCAUUCGCGUAGCUGAAAUGGCAGCAGAGCAAGCCCGUGAUCGCGAACAAGACCAGGUGGACAACGACGUGAAAACAGGCAAUUAUUAUUUUCGCUUCACUCUGCGUGAGGCUGGGCGACUCGCUGCGCGACACGCCCAGCUGCGUCAAGAUUUAACGGAGAAACUGCAAAUGCUUGAAGCCAAAUCAGGUAUUUGGAAGACUUUUGAGUUUUCCUUUUUUGCUCUCUCGGCCCCUCUUUCCGACGCCCAUAGUCUGAACAACUCACCAAACCUGGCCCAGCAUCGCAUCGCAUCGUCGUCUUCUCAUUGA